UCCAGAAAUUUCUUACGUUCGAUUUUUUUGGUUUACUUCAACAACAACCAAAAUAUAAACACACAAACGAAAUAACCAACGAAAAUAAUGGAUAUCGAUCCAAUAAUCAUUCAUUUUACAUCGAAUAUUAAUGAUAAUGACAAUGAUGAUGAACAACAUCAAUCAUUUGAUCCAACAGUUCAAGUGUUUCGAACGAUUUCCGAUCAAAAACGAAAAAAAAUGGUGGCCAAUUCAAAUAUGACGAAAAAUGCGACAACAACAACAACAGGAGCAACGAUGAUGACGGAAACAAACAAACAAAAAUCCCAUUAUAUGAUUAUCAUUUUGUUUGGUAUUGGUUUAACAUUAACAAUAGCUGCAUUGAUUAGUCAUUUUUAUCUACCGAAUGUGCUGGAAACGAAAAUUAUUGAUGAAUUUAUAUUAGAUCCAGAAUCAUCAAGUUAUACAGGGUGGCAAAAAUCCAAUAUACCAAUUUAUAGUUAUUAUUAUUUUUUCAAUAUAACCAAUGCAAAUGAUUUAUUUAAACCGGGUGUAAAACCCAUAUUGAAAGAAAUUGGACCAUAUGUUUUUGAAUUAAAUUUUGAAAAAGUAAAUAUAUCAUGGAAUUUUGAAAAUGGUACUGUUGAAUAUCGACAAAUAAAAACAUGGCAACCAGUACCAUCAAAAUCAAAUGGUUCAUUAGAUGAUGAAAUUGUUCAUAUUAAUGUUCCACUUUUGUCUGGCAUACAUCAAAUACGAUCAAUACCUGAAGAUGAUAAAUUUUUAGCAUAUGAAUCAUUAAAUUCAUUAAUCGAUGCAUUCAAUAUGUCAUUCAUAUUGAAACAUAAAAUUCGUCAUCUAUUAUUUGAAGGUUAUGAAGAUGAUCUUCUAACGACUGCAUCAAGUUUUUAUCCAGGUGAAAUAUCACCAACAAGAUUUGGUUGGUUAUUUGAAAAAAAUAAUACAUCUGCAGAUGGUUUAUUUCGUGUUUAUACGGGUAAAUUAGAUUCCGGAAGGAAAAUUGGUCUUAUCGAUACAUGGAAUAAUGAAAAAGAAAAUAUCAAAUGGAAAUCGGGUCAAAAAUGUCGAUCAUUUAAAAAUACAACAACCGGUGAUUUACAACCACCAUUUUUUAUGCAUAAUAACGAUUAUCAACUUUUAAAAUAUUUUGGUCAAAAAAAUCUACUAAAACCAUUACCAAAUAUACGUAUGUUUAUUGCCGAUAUAUGUCGUUCGUUUGAUUUGGAUUAUCAGGAUACAAUUGAAUAUGAUAAUAUACGUCGUUAUCGUUAUCAAUUAGGACCAAUGACAUUUAAUUAUACAUUGAAUGAAAAUCAUUGUUAUUGUAAACAAACAUGUCCACCAAAUGGUUUAUUUGAUUUGGGUGUUUGUGCACAAGAUUCACCUGUUUUCGCUUCAAGUCCACAUUUUUUAUUUGGUGAUCCAUUAUUAUUGAAUAAUGUCGAUGGCUUACAACCAAAUAUACAAAAACAUUUAUUCAAUAUGGAAUUUGAUGAUGUAAAAAAAUAUCGACCAAAAACAUUGGAUGAUUUAGUAUCACAUAAAGAUAUUGUCACUACAAUUGAAAAAUUUAUCAAUGAAGAUCGUAUGCCUCAUCUUUUAUUAUAUGGACCACCUGGUACUGGUAAAACAUCAACAAUUCUUGCUUGUGCCAGGAAAUUAUACAAAGAACGAGAUUAUCCUUCAAUGGUUUUAGAGCUAAAUGCAUCUGAUGAUCGUGGUAUUGGUAUUGUUCGUGGACCAAUACAAACAUUUGCAUCCACAAGAUUAAUGUUUAAUCAAAAAGCAUUUAAAUUGAUUAUAUUGGAUGAAGCCGAUGCUAUGACACAAGAUGCACAAAAUGCAUUGAGAAGAUUAAUUGAAAAAUAUACAUCAAAUGUACGAUUUUGUUUCAUUUGUAAUUAUCUAAAUAAAAUAAUACCGGCCAUACAAUCAAGAUGUACAAAAUUUCGUUUUGCACCACUUGGUUCCGAACAAAUUAAACAUCGUCUUGAUUAUAUUGUUGAACAAGAAACAAUUAACAUAACUGAUGAUGGAAAAAAUGCAUUGAUUGAAUUAUCUGGUGGUGAUAUGCGUCGUGUAUUGAAUGUUUUACAAAGUACAUCCACUGCAUUUAGUAUUGUUGAUGAAGAAAAUGUUUAUAAAUGUUGUGGUAUACCGACAAAACCUGAAAUUAAAUCAAUUUUACAAUGGAUAACUGAAGAUAAAUUUUCUGAAAUUUAUAUGAAAAUAUUAAAUUUACAAUCGGAAAAUGGUUAUUCACUUAUCGAUAUUGUUCGUGGACUUCAUGAACAAGUUUUGAAAAUUGAAUUUCCUGAUGAAAUAAAAUUGGAUCUAAUGGAUAAAAUGGCCGAUAUUGAAGUAAAUCUUUGUGCCGGUGGUGGUAUUGAAAAAGUUCAAUUAGCUUCAUUGAUUGCUGCAUUUCAAUGUGUACGAGAUGAUCUUAAGAAUUGAAUUUUUAAAAUUCAAAUUUUUUUUUUUCAAACAAGUAAUGUCAUCUAGUGUUGUUGACAGCUUUUUGCUAUAUAAUCAUUGUGUUUUUAUAAUAAAAAAA